AUGGACAGCAAAGAUUGGGAGACAACCGACAUCCUCAUCUGCGGAUGUGGCCCAACGGGGGCGAUGUUGUCAGCCCUCCUGGGCCAAAUGAACAUCCCCAACGUGGUGUUGGAACGGGAAGCCAACAUUACAACCGAUCCUCGUGGAAUUGCUCUGGAUGAAGAUGGCAUACGGGCGUUGCAGGGCUUGGGCUUGUACCGAAGCAUAUAUACAGAAAUUGGAACCUGUAUGGGAAAAUUCAAUUUCAUCAGCGGCACAGGUGCGAACUUGUCAAAGGAGGCGUUCAUUGCCAUGGACUAUGCCACUACUGCUGGCGGAACUGGCCAUGUCGGAUAUAUCUGUCACAAGCAACCAGCACUGGAGAGGAAGCUCAGAGAUAUUAUGGGGACUCAUGCAUCUUGCUCUCUACGAUCUGGAUCAACCGUCAUUGGUCUCGAAGAAGACGACAGCUGGACAUAUUGCACAUACAGAGAUGCGGAAGGGACGGAGCGUAAAAUUCGUGCGCGCUUCUUUGUGGGUUCCGAUGGAAAAACUGGCUACACGCGGAAGCAAUACCUAGAGAAGAAAGGGGUUUUUUUGGAGAGGGUGACGGACGUGUUAUAUGAUGAGACAUGGGUAGCCCUGAACUGGGAAAUUACCCUGCCCACCCCGCAGACUCAUCCCGCAUUCCCUCUUUGGAAGCUCGGAUAUACCCCCGAGCAAGUAUACGAUGCAUUUUUCCCUUCCGGCUUCCGCUUCCUAUGCAACCCAAGUCGCCCGGCGGUUUGCGGCCGGUUUGGACUUCCUAGUGACCGGCUCUGGAGAUUCGAGUUCUUCGUCCGACCCGACGAAGAUGGACAUUACUUGGCCUCGCAUGAGAUGUUGCAGAAAAUCGUGUUUCCGUACAUCACCCAUGACGGCAGCCGAUACUGUCUACCUGGUGAUGUGCAGUUCCCGGAAGACUGUAUCAAGACUCUCCGGUCACGGCCUUUUGCUUUCUCUGCCCGCAGCUGCAAUGUCUGGGCGAAGGACCGGGUCAUCUUAUGCGGUGACUCCGCCCAUGUCUUUCCACCCUUUGGCGGUCAAGGUAUUGCUUCGGGAUUCCGCGACGCUCUGUCAUUAGGGUGGCGGCUUGCCAUGCUAUGUCGAUACCAUCCCUCCAAUACUCAGGUCCACCAUUCCGUGCUGAGGUCGUGGUAUCUCGAGCGCAAGCAACAGUUAGAGCAAUCUCUGGCGGCGACCAUUGAGAAUGGCAAGUUCGUCACCGAGAGCCAACCGCUCAAAGCUUCCGCACGAGACUGGUACUUCUGGUUGAUCCAGUUCGUCCCCAGUUGGAGGCGACAGCUUGAACUGGGCAGGCGCCGCAACGGCAUGGUCCGAUACCGAUACCUGGACGGCAUGCCUUUUAUUCCUGAUCUUAAUGGAGGCGUCAAUCUUCCUCAGGUUUAUGGCAAAACGUCAAACGGAGAGAUUGUGUUCACCGACGACAUAAUCUUUCGCUCCCAGCGAGAAGGCAUUUUCCAGAUAUUCGUAUACCUGCGCAAUGAUGAGGAGCUCUCGGGGGUGCGAAAAGUGUUGCAGGACGUUGAGCAACUCUCUAAAGGUACCAUAUUGGCCAAUAACGUCCCCAUCAUGGUCGAGGAGUCAGUCGCGGAUGUUCAAGAUCCGAAUGUCAUCGUAUUAGCCACAGGGGAUGAGUUUGCAAGCUCUCCUCUUUGCAACCGACGGCCAGAGCCCAUGCUCUAUGAUCGGUUUGCUCUUCGCAAGGAGGUCCGUGGAAGAUAUUGCAUCGUCCGGCCCGAUCGAUUCAUCUUCGCUGCCUGCAAUGAUAUCAACGCACUGCAUGGAGCGAUCCACAGCAUGCUAGGUUACUUGCAGCAGACGGGCCUGUAA